AUGGCCGCUAUACCACUCUUGGACGGCAGCUCAGCGAGCUCUGAAGACGGCUUUGAUGAGUCUGAAAAGCUGCUCUCCUUGAACAGACAGCGGAAGCGACCUCUUUUAAGCGCAAACAUCAGAUGGGUCGUGCUAGGAUGCUGCUUGGUUGGCUUGACCAUCGGUGUCUCUGUUGGCGUUGCCAUCAUCGUCGUCCAAUGCUGGGAAAAGCCCAGCACCCUAUCCUGUCUGAAGCAAUCUUCGGCGCCAUCGCCAAUUGCAAAAGACCUCGACAUCACCUACCACACGCAGCAUUUCAACGGAUCCUUUCUGAAUGAGAACAUCUACCGUCAGGCUGCCAGCGCAGAGGUCGAUGCUGCGUGGGAAGCAUUGGGCGUGAAUUACCGAAGUGUGCUCAUACCGGCAGAGAUUGGGAAGCGUGUUGGCCUCGCACCUGAUCAAGUCCAAGUGAAUGAGAAGUAUGGUGGUGGCUUUCCGGCGAACGUAGAAGGUCUGCAUCAACUGCACUGUCUCAACCUUCUUCGCCAAGGCCUUUAUUACAAUAUCGAUUACUACCGCGAGAAGGGCGAAGGCGCCUUCAAAAACAAAGACCACAUUCUUAAGAAGCAUGUCUCCCAUUGCCUCGACAUCAUCCGGCAACAAUUGAUGUGCACCGUUGACAUUGGAGUUCUUGGCCAAGUCUGGUACAAGAACGAAGGCGACGAAUACCCGAAGGCUUUCGUUGACUUCAACACCAACCACGUCUGCCGCAAUUACGACGACAUUCGAAAAUGGGCAGAAGAUCGUCAGUUGCCUGAUGAUGUGCCAGAAGACUACCUCCAGCCGCCGAAUCCAGGUGAUAGAAUCUACAAUGGGGUGCCUUAG